UUCCUCUUUUCUAAUUUCAGCUCCAGAGCCUCCAGCAGGAACUUCAAUAUCUUGCAUGUUACAGACUUUACUACUCCCAUCAGCUUGGAGAUAACAUGUGGCUCUUGACAGCUCUGCUCCUUUGGGUUCCAGCUGGUGCACAAACGGACCCCGCAAAGGCAGUGAUCACCUUGCAGCCUCCAUGGGUCAAUGUAUUCCAAGAGGAAAAUGUAAACUUAUGGUGUGAGGGACCCCAUUUACCUGGGAACACCUCUACACAGUGGUUUCUCAAUGGCACAGCCAUUCAGACCUUGACCCCCAGACACAGAAUUGCUGCAGCCAGUGUCAAUGACAAUGGUGAAUACAGGUGCCAGACAGGUUUCUCAGUGCCAAGUGACCCAGUACAGCUGGAAGUUCACAGAGAUUGGCUACUACUCCAAGUUUCUAGCAGAGUCAUCACGGAAGGGGAACCUCUGACCUUGAGGUGUCAUGGAUGGAAUAAUAAGCUGGUGUAUAAUGUGCUUUUCUACCAAAAUGGCAAGGUCUUAAAGUAUUUUAUUCAGAAUUCUGAAUUCACCAUUCUGAAAACCAACCUGAGUCACAAUGGCAUCUAUCACUGCUCAGGCAUGGGAAAGCAACGCUUUGAAUCAGCAGGAGUACCUAUCACUGUAAAAGAGCUAUUUCCAGCCCCAGUGCUAAAAGCAUCUUUGUCAUCACCCAUCCUGGAGGGGCAGCUGGUCAACCUGAGUUGUGAAACAAAGUUGCUCCUAGAGAGACCUGGUUUGCGGCUUUACUUCUCCUUCUACAUGGGCAGCAAGACCCUGCUGAGCAGGAACACAUCCUCUGAAUACCAGAUACUGACUGCUGAGAGAGAAGAUUCGGGGUUAUACUGGUGUGAGGCUACCACGGAAGAUGGCAAUGUCAUCAAGCGCAGCCCUGAGUUGGAGCUUCAAGUGCUCGGCCUCCAGAUACAAACUCCUGUUUGGUUUCACGUCCUUUUUUACCUGGCGGUGGGAAUGCUAUUUUUGGUGGACACCAUUUUCCAUGUGAUUAUAUAUAAGGAACUGCCAAGAAAGAAAAAGUGGAACCUAGAAAUCUCUUUGGACUCUGGUCAUGAGAAAAGAGUAAAUUCCUACCCUUCAAAAGAGAGGUAUUUAGAAGAACCGUAAUGUUAUGAACAAGAGCAGCUGCAAGAAAGGACAUACCAGCAGCCCCUGGAGGGAGGGCAGCAGCAGCAGCAGCCCAGAAGGUACCCACGGAUCUAGACAGUCCCUCCCCUUCUCUGUGCAAGCACUGGGGUGCAAACAUCCAAAAGUUUAAAGACAUUAGAACUGUGAGUCCCAUGACAUCUGAUUAACUCUGAAAUAAAGUAAGCAAAUGAGCUGACUUCAGUGAAGAUAAACUUAGAAAAUGGGUCAUCAGGGAUGAUCUGAAGUGAGAUCUACUCUAAAGAAAUCUUUAAAAACUUGUAAGUCCAGUCUAACCUGAUUAUCCUACUGUGUAGUUUGAGCAAUAAUAUUAUUUCUAGGGACAGGGUGAAAAGGUAAUUGUGUGCAUAUGUACAAGAGAUUAAAAUAGAGAAAGAGACAGAAUGAGGGUUAGAAGGAGGCAGAAAAAGAACAAAUAUCAGGGAGACAAGAGAAAGGGGCAGAGACCCAAAAGAAGGAAAGGUAACUUACAGAUGGCUCCUGCGAGACUAUGGGUGGAGCGCUCAUGCCUCCCUGGAGUCAGCGUGGUUAUUUGGUGGGUUCUCUCUUCAGCACAGGAGCGGGGAAUGCAUCCGCACAGCUUGCAGAGCUAAGGGCUGUCCCUCACCAGGACAGAUGGGCGCCUGAUUUUUGCCCUUUCAUAUGAGGCUUUCUCACAACGUCUCUGUGUCCAGGGACGCCAGCAGUCUUCCUUGCCUAUCCCACUCCCCCACCCCACAGGAAGACAGAAUGUAACUGUGGCUUUCCUUAAUAAAUUAAACCCGGACCUCCCAGCAGAGCACCGCAAGGAGGAGCUUCAGCUGGGGAGGGGCAGUGACAUCAUAAAGCCCCAGUUCUUACUGCCAGAGAUUCACUCUCCCCUUCUGAUUUUCUGGAUGAUUACUAACCGGCUUCAAGAUAAUGCUACUCUUCCACUUGGGUUCUCAUUUGGAGGCAAAAUAUUUUUCUGCUAUCUAGAACAUAGCUGAAAUAAAACUGAAACAUGUGAAAGGACUUUAUUAAAGCUUAGAAAAAACCAAAAGGGGUGUGAACAAACCUAGCAACAAAUUCUAGAUUUGGUUUUUUAAAACAGUGUAGCUUAUCUGCCAGACAAGGAUGCUUCCCUGCCUAGCUUCUGUCCUGGCUCCAAUGGCGGGGCUCACCUUUAACAUCCACCACCUAGAGGCGCUCUAAAGCAACUCAGCAGUGUGAGGUAGAUGGAGGAGCACCUCAGCCCAUUGCUCGCCUCGUCAUGGGCAAUGAGAAUGUUCUCUCCUUCAGAAUAAAGUACAGCAAUUAUCAUCUCAGUAGAAGUACAACUCCAACAUUGGAAAAAAAUUUUAUUUGAGAGAGAGAGAGAGUGCGAGCGUGAGUGGGGGGGGGCAGAGGGAGACAAUCUUCAAGCCAACUCCCAGCUGAGUGCAGAGCCUGAUGCAGGGAUCUAUCUCAUGACCUACGAACCCAUGACCUAAGCCGAAACCAAGAGUUGAAGGCUUAACCGACUGAGCCACCCAGGCACCCCAGGUAUGACUGCAACAUUUAUAUUAAAAGAAAUGAUCAUACAUAA